AUGCGUCCGUACGUAAUAUCGGUACGGCGCUCUGGCAAACCGCAGUUCGGAUUAAAUGCAAUCUGGCCGCGGCCGAACGGAAUCCUGGGCGAGACGUGCCCCGUCGUACGGAAUUCGCGACGCGGGCUAGCACUGCGUAGUGAUGCAAACGCGACGAACGCGCUGCGUUUACAGGCGUUUAUCCGCAUAGGUGUCUCUGGUCACGGAAAUAGCGAGAUUAGGAGGUCAGCCGAUGACCUUGGGAGUAAGUGGGUCGCUCGUGAGAUGGGCUAUCGGGUGGGAGACGUCACGUCGCAGCCCACCGUGCGCGCCGCGAACCAAGUACAGGAGUAC